UACUCCAUUUUCACCUCCUUUACUUUCUUCGGAUAAUAAUCCUCCAAGUACACCACCUAAUGAUGCGACUAUUCCUCCAUCUGAAUCACCUUUUCCGGUUAUUUCUACAAAUAAAUUACCUAAUGGUCCAAGUGGACUACCUCCUUCUGGAGUAGGAGGGGAAUCUCUUUUGGAGUUGGUAAUAGGUAAUCCAAAGACCGUGGAUAAACAAAUUACAAUAAGAACUAUGAGAAAGUGA